CCUACCGCCUCGCCGCCGCUCCCCCAGGCCCCAGCGCCGCCGCGCCUAGUUCCCAAUCUCCCACGAUGGUCGCACCCCAGGAUCAAGGCGCGAAGACGUCGUCGAGGUGCACGCCGGGGACGGCGCGGGCCACGCACGCGUUCGAGAUCGUUGGGUACAGCCUGCACAAGGGCCUUGGCAGCGGUAAAUGUAUCUGUUCCGCCACCUUCUCCGUCGACGGCCAUGAAUGGCGUAUCCUCUACUACCCCGACGGCUACACCAAGGAGGACAACGAAGAGUACGUCUCUGUCUUCGUCCAGCUCAUCGGUGACGGUGAGGGCGGCGAGGUGAGGGCGCUCUUGGACUUGAGGCUAGUGGAGGAGGCAUCCGGGCUGUCCAUGUCAGUGGUCUCAAAGGGAUCGCCAAUAACAUUCAAGGCCGGUACCAUCCGGGGAUACCCAAAGUUCAAGAAAAGGAGCGAGCUGGAAGCAUCGCCAUACCUGCGGGAUGACCGCCUUGUGAUAGAGUGCGAGAUCACUGUCAUCAAGGAAGCACGCGUGAUGCAGACCUCGCCGGUCUUUCAGGCAAUGGUGCCGCUCUCUGACUUGUCGGGUAAUCUUGCCGAACUGUUGGAGGCACAGGAUGAAGCGGAUGUGAUUUUCAAGGUUAAAGGCGAGACAUUCCCUGCUCACAAGAUCAUCCUUGCAAUGCGGUCACCGGUCUUCAAGGCGCAGUUCUACGGGCCAAUGAAGGACAAGAGGAUGAGGAACGUAACAGUUGAAGAUAUCCAGCCUGCUGUCUUCAAGGGCUUGGUUCACUUCAUAUAUACUGACUCACUGCCUUCCAUGGAUGAUCUUGAUGAUGGUGAGUACGACGAAAUGGUCAAGCACUUGCUGGUGGCUGCAGAUAGGUAUGCAGUGGAAAGUAUGAAGAUGCUGUGCGAAGGCAUUCUUUGCAAGAAUCUUGAUGUUGAGAGUGUGGCGACCACAUUGGGUCUAGCUGAUCAGUAUCACUGCAGCAUGCUCAAAGAUGCCUGCGUUGAAUUUAUCAUCUCUUCGGACAGAAUGAAGGAUGUGUUGGUAACCGAAGGAUAUGUGCAUCUGAAAAAGUCAAGACCUGCUGUCUUAGUUGAUAUGUUCGAGAAAUUAACCCUGCUUCACAAUAUUUAGAAUGCCCGGCCAUCAUGUGAAACUUCAGAUAAUCAGCUUAGUUAUAUCUGGGCACCUGAGAUGAACUAGUCCCAUCUUCUAGUUUUCACUUUUCAGAGGUAUAUUUGAUGAAGCUGCUGUCGAAGAUAUGUUGGAUGAAGUUGAGUCGAUCCUGCGGAGUUUGGUAUGCUCAUCUUUGACUUCUGGUCUUGAUAGUAUUUUGGUUAAUGCAUUGCCAUCUGAGCUUGUGAUGUCUGUAGUUA